UUUCGAACAGACAACGACGGUGUACGAAAUCUAGCACGCCACUCUCUUGCUAGCACUGAAGCCGCUGCUAAAGUUGUUUGAGAGCAAUGACAUCUGUUGCACACAAUUUGAAAGAAAAAGCCAGAACUGGAGAUGUUUUAAUUAGCGAAAAUGUCAAUUUUGAUGGUCUUUUACUCUCAGAUCCUAUACUGAAAGGGUUAAAAUCUGCUGGGUUUGAAAGACCUUCGCCUAUUCAACUGAAAGCAAUACCUCUAGGAAGAUGUGGACUUGAUUUGAUUGUACAAGCAAAGUCUGGUACAGGGAAAACCUGUGUAUUCAGUGUAAUAGCAUUAGAGGGUCUUCAGCUUGAUACCUCAGCUCUUCAGGUUUUAAUUCUUGCUCCAACAAGGGAAAUUGCCAUACAAAUUUGGGAUGUUAUUAAGUCAAUAGGCCAAGCAUUGCCACAGCUAAGAUGCCACACAUUUAUAGGUGGCAUGCCACUACUGGAAGACAAACAGAAACUUAAGAAAUGCCACAUAGCUGUUGGUACUCCAGGGAGAAUGAAACAGCUGAUAGAACAAGGUGUAAUGAACAUAGAGAACAUUAGAAUGUUUAUAUUGGAUGAGGCAGACAAACUACUAGAAGACAGCUUCCAGGAACAAAUAAAUUGGAUUUACUCAACAUUACCAGACAACAAACAGAUGUUGGCUUUGUCAGCAACCUAUCCAGAAUACUUAGCAGAACAUCUGACAGCUUACAUGAGAAAUCCCACUUUCUUAAGACUAAAUGUUACUGAUCCAGCUUUAUUAGGAAUAAGACAGUAUUACAAAUCAGUGAAGUUCCACCCUCUGCCUAACAAGUUGUUUGAGAGUAAAGUAGAAAUUGUCACAGGGCUGCUUUCAUCCAUAGACUUCCAGCAAUGCCUGGUAUUUUCUAACUUACAGACCAUGGCACAGAACAUGACAGAUGCACUGAAUUCUAAGGGAUGGCCAACUGCCUGUAUUGCUGGUUGUCUAGAUCAAAAGGACAGAAAUUUGGCAAUGGCUAAACUGAAAACCUUUAAAUGUAGAGUUCUUAUAUCUACAGACUUGACAUCCAGAGGUAUAGAUGCUGACAAGGUUAACUUAGUGAUUAAUCUUGAUGUUCCAAAGGAUCAUGAGACAUACCUACACAGAAUUGGUAGAGCAGGAAGAUAUGGUACAUUUGGUGGUUGUGUGAGUGUUGUUAGUGAAGGACAAGAACUGCUUAAUCUUCAGUCUGUAGAGAAAAAAUGUAAUACCAAUAUCACACUUCUUCCAGAUCCUAUUCCAGUAGACUUAGUGAAGGCACAAGGAAUGAUAAAUCUGGACGAUAUGGUGUCAACAGAGAAAAUAUUAACAAUAAAAGACAACUGUUAUGUGACAUUUCCUGUAAAGAACAAGGAAGAAAAUAAACAGUCAAAACGGAAAAAUUCUUAUGAUGGUACUGAUAUUCAGUCAGAGCAGGUUUCUGAUGACAAACAUAAAAAUUCAAACAAUGAUAAGCUGGAAGAAAACGAUCUAGAAUCAAUUCAAAUAAAUGCUCGUAAUAGCUCAGCAAGUUUCACCAUAUUGAAGAGUGAUAAGUCUGAUGGACACAUUGUAAGUUCAAGAAAAGAGAAAGAUAUUUUGUUAAAUGGAGUUUCAGAUCAAAGUGAUAAGGCUCAAAUUGGUGACAUAAGUUCUGCAGAGAACAGUUCUCAGUCUGUAAUCAGUUCUAUAGCUGAUAAGAAAAUACCUACUAAAGAAGGUUCAAAUGAAGAGAAGACUAUUAAAGGGGAAACUAUGCAGACAAAGAAGAAUCAAAGAAAGCAUACUAGUGCUAGCUUUUGGACACAACUUAUUGAAGAGAGAAAUGAUGAUGAGGAAUUUGUCAGAGAAUUUCAUGCUAGUCAGGUGGAAGACGACAUAUUUGAUAUUUCCACAGCUGAUAUUGAUGAUGUUGAACUAAUAGAAAAGAAGUUAGAGAAAGUGAAAGUAGAUAAUGAAAAGGCUGAACCUAUGAAACGAAAAACAGCAAAAAGAAGAAAUGUAAAUGAAGAAAAGAAAGGUGCUGUAACCUCACCUUCUGAGGUCAUCGUGCCUACAAAUGAAAUCGUGGCAGAUGUUCAGAGCCUCAAGGACCUGGAAAUAAAAAUUCCAUCAUUAAAAGAGGUUAUUGGAUUAAAGAAAUUGCAAAAUCCACACACAUACCAAACUGCUGUGGAGAGUUGCAAAGUACACAACAGUACUGCAAAUUCUCUGUCAGAACAAGUUGGAAAAAUAUGUUUAUCAGAAGAUAAAAAUCAGUGUAGAAUCAAUAAUAUGUGCAGAGCAUUGACUUACGAUAAGGAUUUAUUACAAAAAGUAAAUAAAAUACUGGCUAUGUCACAUUUAAAGUUUACCAAAAAAUCAGUGCAGACUUCCGAGGAAUUUAAAAGUGAUGAAAAACCUGCUUCAGCUGCAAACCAUAUAGAGGAAAAAUCAAAUAAGAAAGGAGAAGUUAGACAGACAAUUCAAGCAAAAAGAAAUAAUAAAAAACAGUCAAACCUUUCUCCUAAUCCUAAAAUAUCUUUUCAGUCAAAAGAUAAUGCUGAUAUUACAUUUGUGCAAAAUUCAGAAAUCUAUUCUGUUGGCAAUCAUGUAGAACAAAAGGCAAGUGAAUUGAAAGAUCUCAAAUUAAGAGGAAAUAAUCAAAGACCAAAAGACGUCAAAGUAUGUAUCCAUAGCGAUAGCAAGGAAAAAGAUGUACAGGAAGCUGAUACUUUUUAUAAAAGAGCAAACCAGAAAGAAACUUUAGAUAAAGUUGGCACGGACUAUAAUUCAGCCAAUUGGAAAAAGUCAACAAAAGAAGAUAAAAGUUACAACAAAGAGCCUGGGUCAAAACCCUAUCAGUGUUAUAGAUCUGAGCCAUGGCAGGAAGUAAAACGUGAUCUGUCUGAAUCUGAAUGUCCUGAUUCUAGUGAAUCUAGUGAAGAUUUAGAGGAGGAGUCUCAGAAUUAUAAACAUCCACAUGACUAUGGUCAGACAGGAAGUCGAAAAGGGAAACAGUCACAUUAUAAAAAGUCUAGUUAUGAUUUUGAAGACAAUUGUGCAUCUUCUUCAGAAGAUGAGAGUUCUGAGAUUUCUGGAAGUGACAGUGAUUUGAAUCAAAAUCCAUGGGCCUCAUUUAUGAAAAGUUACUCCACAAAUUUUCCAUCACACUUUCCCAACACAAGCGGAUACCAUCAAAAUCCUUAUGCUAGCAUGUAUAAUUACCCAUAUAUGAAUAUGCAACAGAUGCCUUAUGUUAAUAUGCAACAGUAUCCGUUCAUGAAUAUGCAACAGAAUCCGUUCAUGAAUGUACAUCAGAAUCCAUAUAUGAGUGCAUACAACCCAUACUUAUAUCACAAUCCGUAUUUUCAGAUGACUCAGUCACAAACUCAUCAUAACUAUCAAAAAAUGUUAAAAAACCUGCAACUGCAGCAGAAAUAUGUCAGCUUGAUGCUAAAAAGGCACAAAAAAAUGAUGUCAAAGAAAUAAUUUGUUUGCAACCAGUUUGCAAGAUCUAAGUCAUAGCUGCAAUAAAAGUAUUGAGUCUA